ACUGAAGAAAUGAAGUUACUAUAUCUGAUUCAGAACCGAACUUCUAGGUCCAGUAUUUGUCGCAGUUAGCUCCGACACAGAAAUCUGGCCAGGUCUCGUAGAAGUGAACUGGGGUCCUUAAGCCUUACCUGCACAACCAGAGGCCCUAAAUCGGCGUAGGAGAAGCCUAUGGACAGGACUGCAGCACAACCACACACAACGGAUCACUUAGAGACCAGCCGGAAAACAAAUGCGGUUCCGCUCUUGCGCGGUAGGAGAAGGCGCGGUCGCGUAAUGCCUCUUGGGACUUGUAGUUGGAGAGGGAGAGCGCGCGCCGCCGCUCGGCCCUCUGGGAGUUGUAGUUCAAAGAUUGUUCCGUGACACGCGAGGUGGGCGGGGCAGCGCCGUCACUUUGUGCGGGAAGACCGCAGGAGGCGCAGAAGAGGCGUUAUCGGUGCGCCCACGCGCGGGAGGCGGGAGCGGAAAGAGAAGAGAGAAGAGUGAGCAGAGAGAUUGAGACAGAGAUAGACGGAGAUCUCUGGAGCAGACCUCAAGGUGAUUUCCAUUUCUAUCUGGUUCUCGUCUGGGGGGGCCCUGGCCGGGCAGCCCCCCCACACUUCUACUGUCCUGAAACACGGCUCUAGCCAAUCUGCUCCGCUGCUUUACCUGCGACCGUCUCUGUGGGGGCUGCACGGCACCAGCCCCUCCAGCCCGCCAGGGCAUCGUCCUCCAGCCCGUCAUGCCCAGCUGUGACCCAGGCCCGGCCCCUGCCUGUCUCCCCACCAAGACUUUCCGCAGCUACCUGCCCCGCUGCCACCGCACGUACAGUUGUGUCCAUUGUCGAGCACACUUGGCCAAACACGAUGAGCUUAUUUCCAAGUCCUUCCAAGGGAGCCAUGGCCGGGCCUACCUGUUUAACUCCGUGGUCAACGUGGGUUGUGGGCCAGCUGAACAGCGCCUCCUGCUCACAGGACUCCACUCGGUAGCUGACAUUUUCUGUGAAAGCUGCAAGACCACACUGGGCUGGAAAUAUGAACAAGCUUUUGAGACCAGCCAGAAAUACAAAGAAGGGAAGUACAUCAUUGAGAUGUCACACAUGGUGAAGGACAACGGCUGGGACUGAGGGGCUCAGCAGGCUGUGACCCUCCUCCGCAUGCCCCAUCUUCCUCACACCAGUCCCCUGGCCCCGUGAGCAGCCCACACCAGCAUGAGUACUGCCCACCCCUGGGGAAACCUGGCUCCAAAUGACCGCCGCCUCCCUUCCCCCAGCACAGCAGUACCAGGUCCCUUUUUAAACAGGAGCCUGCGAUAGCCCAGGGGUGGUGAAGGCUCGGGAGUGGGGAGCAGUCAGGGAAAUACGAAACUGGGGAGAGGAGAUGAAUGUGGCACUGGAAAGUGACGGCAGGGUGUGAACUCAGGUAGUUACCAAACUUUGAGUGAACUGGACAAACACUGGCAUGGGGCUAGACCACAGAGUAGCAAAGACUUUGGUUGGUCUCAGAUAUUAUCAGGGCCCCAGAGUCUGAGGGUAGUUUACCCAACCCCAUUCUUGGUUAAAAAAAGAACUAGGGAUGGGGCCAUUAGAAGUAAAAACACAAACCCUAGACCCUGGGAAAUCAGUUACAGGGGUUCCCAUUUCACUCCACUGUUUACCUUGGCACUAAAGAGGCACUUUUAAGUAUCUAAUCUUUGCCAUUGGGUGGGGUGGGGAAAGCUGUUCCAAGAACAGCCCCCACUCCCAGCUGGCUGUUGCCAGAGAGCAGUCUUUACGGGCAUUCCCCAAGGCUCAGCCACUGCUCCCUGGGACCAAGUCCCUUGGAGGUGGUGGAUCAUCGGCGCUGCGGGACCAGUCUUUCCAGUGACUGCCACCAGCGAAUGAAACUUUUGUAUGAUACAUAAAGUGUUUGGGUCUAUUUUUAAUAAAAAGGGGAAAA